AGAGCAGAAUUAACAUCAAUAGCAGAAAGUUGAGACCAUAAAAUCUGCCAAAAAUUGGCCUUACGGUCAAAUGGAGGUAAAAUUGAUAUGUUGACUUUUGAUAUGUUAGAGAGUCGCUGACAGCUGCGAUCAAAAGGGAAGUGUUCUGCUACUGUCACUAGCAAGUUAUGAGCGCCAACUACGAGCGUUGAUAUCAGUCUUUGCAUGCGCUCCACACAACACAGUAUUUGCUCCGAUCGUCAGUGUCCUAUAUUGGCGUCUUGUAAACCGCUGCACGAGACACAACACUUAACUGUUCCUUCCUUGGCAGCCGGUCAAAAGUUUUCUGCCGAAGAUGUCGCUGCAUAGACAUUACGACAUUUUGACCAUCGUCAUUUUGAUGUCGAUGGUUUUCGCCUCGUCACAAUCGAAGAUACCCCUCAACAACACCACAAAUACGUCAGAAAAAAAACCAUUAACAAGAAACACAACGCCAGUGCAUCUUCCGCAACCAAACACUACAACAACGGAUAGAACAAUCUUACCAACUUCCACCUCAACUAUACAGUUUAAUCAAACAACGACCGAAUCAAAAAAUACUUCCCCCACAACAACAGCCCAAAGUAGGGAGCUCUUUCAAACAACACAAACCACUGAAGGCGCCAAGAGCAGUAGCACUUCUAGUACCAUGGAAUCAAACGCGCCGGAAAAGACACGUGACAGCUCAUCAAGUACAAUGCUGGCUGUGUCGCUUUCGUUGGGAUUUUGUUUGUUAGCCGUAGGAGUCGCUGCAGCUGUAUUUUUUGUCCGCUGGAAAAGAAUAAAAAAGAUGAAACAAGGAUUUCAAGAAGAAAUGGCAGUCAUUUGUCUUCAUGACGAGCUGGCCUCAGAGGCCCUGUACUGUUCUUGGAAACCUUUUAUGGACGGAAAUGAAAACAACAAAAUAAAACUUGUCAUUGAAGCUUCUACCAGUGACGCGAAUACCUCACGAGCGAACACUUAACAACUUGGAUACAUCAAUUCGCAUGUCUCUGGGCAAAGGAAACAUGGACAAAAGCUAUAAGUUCUAGAUAGAAUUGUACAUAGCCUUUCUUCCUUACAUCAACGUACAUGUCACAAAAGAACAGCGGGAUUUUCGUGCAAAGUUUUAGGAUAAAUUAAUUGAAGUUAGUGUUGCAGUUUGCAUGAACCUGUAAUGAUUUUGCACUCUCACGACUAAGCGAAGUAACAUUUUGUUUCAGUUUUUGAUAUACUUUAUAUUCCUCACUUCUUCUUUCCUCCUAGAGUAAGUGAGAAACUAAGACAGCUAAACGGACGACACAAUAAGUGAAGAUGUAAUCUAAGGACUGAUUGGCAUGCCUCGGGUAUCUGAGACAACCCUCCCUCUGAGUUAAACUGGUCGACUAGCGAGCUAACUUCUCACUCAUUUCAUUGAAAAGUCAAACCUACAGAUUAAUAGGAGGAUCACCAACUCAUUUGAAGAAGGGGGGGGGGCGCGGGGGAGAUAACUCGGUUGGGCCAGUUGUCUCACCUCGGCAGGUAGGAACACUCUGCCAUAGGGGACAACGUUUUUCCCAUAGAAGUACUUUGGCUCACUUACCCAAGACAAGAUAUAGUCCCUUAAACAGUUUGAUGUAAAAUCUAUUUUUUUUCAUGAAAAAUGUAAUUUUUGUUACAACGGUU